GAAGGAGCUCGGGUUAGACCUGGCAAGGGGUUGUCCUGGAGCCGGAGACUGCGGAACUCGGGGAAGCCGGGGUGGAUCUCGCGGCGGAGAUCCUGGGUUUGCAUUCCCGCUCCGCUACUGGGGCGCUGUGUGACCUUGGGAAAUCCACGGGACCUCUCUGAGUCUGUUUCCUCCUCUCCACAAUAGAAAGGCCGAUAAUAAUAGUCACCGCGGGCCGCCCUAGAGGCUGCCCUCGAGCUCCUCGUGAGCCUCUUCCAGCACCUCGCUGGUGGGACACGGAGCCCUAUCCCCAUUUCACAGUCAGGAACACAGAGGCGCCGAGCUGUUUUGCAUGUUUUCUGGGGUGAUGAAGGGAGACACCCGGGCAUGGGGAACGGCUCUGAGCCAGCUGGAUGGGCUGCGGCAGGGCUAUUAAUAUCGGGGCGGCCAGGGGGAGUAGGGGAGAAUGUGCUGAGCCGGGAAACCCCGACACUACCCCGGCUGCAACUCAAUCCCCAGGGCACUCCUGGCCCCGCCGCCAGAGGGCGGGGCUCCGGCAGGAGGGGAGGGGCCUCCAGGGUGGGCGGGUCAAUCGCGCUGCGAAGUCAUCCGGGCUCCAGCGCCGCGGGAUUCCAAACGCCCCACGGCUGGUCCGUCGGUCCAAUCAACUCGCCGCGUCGGCCGGCCGUUCCCUUAGGGUCUGAGCCCUCGCCUCACCCCUUCCGAGCUUCUAUUGGCCGUGGCAGACGUCCGUCUGCCGCUAUCUCCGCCCCAAUACGGAAGCGGCCUAGUCCCCCGGCUCCGACAGCUGGGUGUCCAGGCCAUGGGGCAGCCCUGGGCGGCUGGGAGCGCGGACGGGGCGCCCGCGCGGCUGCCUCUCGUGCUCACCGCGCUGUGGGCCGCGGCCGUGGGCCUGGAGCUGGCUUACGUGCUGGUGCUCGGUCCCGGGCCGCCCCCGCUGGGACCCCUGGCCCGGGCCUUGCAGCUGGCGUUGGCCGCCUUCCAGCUGCUCAACCUGCUGGGCAACGUGGGGCUCUUCCUGCGCUCGGAUCCCAGCAUCCGGGGCGUGAUGCUGGCCGGCCGCGGUCUGGGCCAGGGCUGGGCUUACUGCUACCAGUGCCAAAGCCAGGUGCCGCCACGCAGCGGACACUGCUCUGCCUGCCGCGUCUGCAUCCUGCGUCGGGACCACCACUGCCGACUGCUGGGCCGCUGCGUGGGCUUCGGCAACUACCGGCCGUUCCUGUGCCUGCUGCUUCAUGCUGCCGGCGUCCUGCUCCACAUCUCCGUGCUGCUGGGACCUGCACUAUCGGCCCUGCUGCGAGCCCACACGCCCCUCCACAUGGCUGCCCUCCUGCUGCUUCCCUGGCUCAUGCUGCUCACAGACAAUCUGUGUCCUGCCACAGCUCUGACCACCACAAAGAGGAACAGCCACGAGCUCCUGAGGGCAGGCCCCACAUUCCUCCUGAGUCCUCAGUGUCCAUGCUCGAUAUUGUGCAUGUGUCUCCAGCAGCUUAGUGAGCACCCGCGCCUGCCUCCUGCUCAUCUCCACGGGGAAGUCCCAUCAACACCUCAGGCCCAAUGCUGUGGAAACCAGCCUCAUGGUCCUGCCUCCGUCACUGCCUCCCUGUCCAUCAAGUCACCUAGGUCCACCCCUCACAUCUCACCGUUUGCAGGAUCACAUGACUCUUCCCUAAGCUGCCUCCAGGGCCCACCCCGCGCCCACCCCACUGUCCCUCCUCUUCCAGACUGGGCACCCCGGUCCCCCAGGCCGGCCUCGCUCUUCCGUGGGUGUGAGGUGGCUUCUGCCAUUCCAAGUUUCACAUUUUAUGCCCUUUUUCUCCAGUACUUUUACAAUUUAUUUUUAAUCUAUCCAGAACUAAUUUUUGUGGCCGAUAUGAAGAAAAGGUCUGAUUUUCUUGCUUUUUUUUUGAGAUGGAGUUUCACUCUUGUUGCUCAGGCAGGAGUGCAAUGACACGAUCUCAGCUCA